AUGAGCGCUUCUCUUCCGUAUGCGGUCAACCCGCUUCCUUUCUCAGGAAAGGUCAUUGCCGUCACCGGAGCCAGUCGAGGCUUAGGCUUAGCUGUCAGCAAAUACCUACUGAUUCGGGGCGCCACGGUUUCCAUGUGUGCGACAUCACCCGAGAAUCUAUCAAAGGCCGCCAAAGAGAUAGAGAGUGAGCUCCCAGACGCGAAAGACCGGUACUGGACAUGUGCUGUCGAUAUUGCCAAUCUGGGUAGUGUACGGUCAUGGAUCCAAGAGACUGUGGCCAGGUUUGGAAAAUUAGACGGUGCCGCCAACGUUGCAGCGGUGGAGCAACGUGAAGUCUUCCCAAUCACAGAUUUGGACCCCGAAUACUUCGCGAAGCUGAUCAAUGUGAACGUCAUGGGGACAUUCCAUUGUCUGAAAGAAGAAAUGAAGAUGAUAAAGGACGGCGGUUCGAUUGUGAACGUCGGAAGCAUCGCCAGCCAAUAUGGGGCAUACGGCACGUCGGCAUAUGUCGCUGCGAAGCAUGCCCUCAUCGGGCUGACUAAAGUGGCUGCUUUCGAGGGAGCAUCCAGACGAGUGAGAGUCAAUGCUUUAUGCCCCAGCGGAUGUUUCAAUACGGAGAUGAUGACCAAGCCACUCCACUCGGCCGCUGGGGAGUUCUAUCUGAACAAGGAUGAUAUUCCGUGCAUUCUGAAGCGUGAACUUCCGGAAACGUGGGAGAUAGCCGGCUCGAUCGCAUUUUUGCUUGGUGAUGAGGCCGCGCACGUCACCAAAGCGACGUGGUUCAUUGAUGGGGGUUGGUUGGAAGGUGGCUUUGCUAGUACCUAUAGCUCAGGGUGA